UAUGGAUAUUGAAAUGAGUAAUGAUAACCAAAUGCAAGGCAUUACAUAUGCGAAUGAUUCUAAAGAUGAAGUUUUAAGUAAUCCCGAUAUUGACGAUGAAGAAGAUGAUGCUGACGAAUUUGAUCGCCAUUUUGGUGAUAAUCUAUCGUUGAAAGAUAUAAGUUCCAAGAUAGAGAAAAUAAAUAAUAAACAAUGGAAUAUUUCUAAUUACAAAGAUCCAAUAUUGAAAUCGGUAUCAAAAUAUUCAAUAGAACAAGAUUCGGAAGCGGAAGAAAACUUUAUUGGAGUCUCAGAGUUAAAUUUGAAUUCGUUAAAGAUUAAGGAAAAAUUACUUUGUUCUUGGAAAAAGUUGGAUGAUAGUAAAGAUUCGAUUUUCUCGGAACUGCAAACUGGUCUCUUUCACCAUUUUAAUAAAUAUCGCGAUAUUUUGUUCACCAAUCGUUCCGUGGAAAAUUCAAGAGAAAUACGGAAAAUUUAUGCUUUACAUGCUUUAAAUCAUAUUUUUAA